ACCUCAGCAACAGCCUUCCUCCCUACACAGACUCAUGAGAAUACUAGUUGUGCUUCCAUGUGAACUCUUCUCCCCUCCCACAAACCUUUAUACAUCAACCAGUAACAAGACAACUCCUUGUAAUGCCUUCUGUCUGCUGGGCUGGGCCUUACCCUGCAGACCAUGAUCUGUGUCCUGCCCAGAGAUCAGUGUCCUGCCCAGAGAUCAGUGUCCUGCCCUGAGAUCAGAGUCCUGCCUGGACUUUCUGGACUCAUAUCUGUGCAGGCGGUCACAGUGCAACCAGUGCAAGGUAAGGCCUUGGCUCCUGAACACAGAAUACAAUGGCCUGGUGGAAAGUCAGCUCUGCAGGGAGAGAUGUUAACCCUGACCUUGCCAGCGAGAGAGAAAACCCUUCCUUUAACGUGGAGACCCUCACUAACAUCCUGGAUGGAGGUGUGGAGGAGACUCGCAGCAGGAGAGCAAUAGUGAGCGCCAUCAACAAGGACCCUGUCUUCAGCCGAGAAUACCUGUACUUCAAGACCCGCUCAGAGAGAUACGAAGGAGCCGUCAGGAACACUUUCCACCUAAAGAGGAAGAUGAAGGAAAUGGGAUUGGAUGAGAAUAGUUCAGAGAUUGGAUAUGUUUACAGGGCGCUAGGAGGAGAAAUUGCUCUUAACAUACACAAUGUCUUUAUGAAAACUAUCAACGCCCUAGGCACGGAUGAGCAAAUUGCCAAGUGGCUGCCCCUUGCACGUAAUUACAAAAUCUUAGGAACAUAUGCACAGACCGAACUAGGACAUGGAACCUAUCUGCGGGGUUUAGAAACCACAGCCACCUUCGACCCCAACACCCAAGAAUUUAUAAUAGACACUCCCAAGAUAACGGCGACAAAAUGGUGGCCAGGAGAUUUAGGAAAAACCUGCACUCAUGCUGUGGUCCAAGCCCAACUAUACAGUAAUGGAAUGAAGUAUGGCAUGCAUCCAUUCAUAGUCCCUAUUCGAAGUCUUGAGGACCAUUCCUCACUCCCAGGAAUAACUGUUGGGGACAUUGGGCCCAAGAUGUCCUUUGAGCAUAUAGACAAUGGAUUUGUCAUGAUGAGGAAUAUUCGUAUACCAAAGGAAAACAUGUUAAGCAGAUACUCACAGGUACUGCCUGAUGGCUCCUAUGUUAAAAGUGGAUCUGAGAAGAUAAACUAUUUCAGCAUGAUUGGUGUGAGGGUUGACAUGCUCACAAGGGAGGUGCUGGAGCCAUUGAUGAAGGCCUGUACCAUCUCUGUCCGAUACUCCACUGUGAGACGCCAGUCAGAGUUAAAACCAGGGGAUAGAGAACCAAAAAUUCUUGAUUACCAAACUCAGCAACAAAAACUCUUACCCCUUGUGGCCACAUGUUACUCCAUCAGUUUUAUGGCUAAAUAUUUGGAGAAGUUUUACAAAGACUCAUACAGUGAGAUUAGAAAGGAGAACUUUAACUCUCUCCCAGAGCUCCAUGCUCUCGCAUCUGGAAUAAAGGCUUUUGCAACAGAGAUCUGUUCAAAUGGGGUAGAAGUCUGCCGCAAGGCAUGUGGGGGCCACGGCUACUCCCUCUACAGUGGUUUACCCUCUCUCUACACCAAAGUGACUGCUUCAUGUACUUAUGAAGGGGAGAAUACCGUCCUGCACUUGCAACUGGCAAGGUUUUUGAUUAAAUGUUUUGCUGGUGCCCAGUCAGGCAGACCAUUGCCAACCAGCAUAGCCUAUCUAUCUUCUCCAGCUACUGGUAAUUGCCAGGCAAGGGCACAUGGUGACUUCCUGAAUCCGGAGGUGUACUUGAAGGCUUAUGAGUUUAGGGCAUACAGCCUUAUAGCAUCUGCAGCACACAAAAUUCAGAACUUACUACAGUCAGGAGUUGAACAAUACCUGGCGUGGAACAGCACCUCUGUGGAGUUGGUAAAAGCCUCAAUAGCUCAUAUCCAUUUCCUGACUGUAAAGAUUUUCAUCUCGGCUCUGAAUUCGCUCCCCGAUCAGCCUGACCUAAAGACGUCUCUGAAGAGGCUGUGUGACCUGUAUGCAUUGCAUGGAAUAUUCAUAAGUGCUGGUGACUUCUUACAACAUGGACAUCUGUCAGGGAAACAGCUGGACAUGGCCACUACAGCUUACCUGGGCCUCUUGGCUGACCUCCGGAAAGAUGCAGUUCUGCUUGUUGAUGCUUUUGACUACACUGAUGAAGAGUUGUUAUCGGCCCUCGGGACCUAUGAUGGAAAUGUGUACCAUAACCUGAUCGAUUGGGCACAGAAAAAUCCUGAGAAUAAGAAGGUGAAUCCAGUAUUUGAGACUUACCUAAAGCCAUACUUGCAAAGCAACCAAUCCAAAUUAUAAAAAGGACCCAAAGGCCACAUAACAUGAUUUUAGGGUCUCCCAUUGUAAUUGAUGUGUCACAACUCAAGGAUGCUUUUUCUGAUGUUAAGAAUCUAUAUUUGCUUGGAAUGUAAUGUAUAUAGGGGACUCUCCUCCCCAACCAAUGUCAGAGGAAAGAAGGACAUGUUGGAUUUUUGUGUUUCUGAGUAUCACAACUCUUACCAGAAAGAUCUCUGUACUGUUCAAUGUGUUUGUACAUUCUAAUCAGAUCUCCCUUAAGCCGCCUUUAUCAACCUUGGGAUUGUUCUGCUGGAAAAUCUGUUGGAAAACUAGAGAAACAAAAAGAACUACGAUACCUGUCCCCAGGUUGUGUGUGUGCUAUUGCAGCUUAGUUCAAUUAAAGUGAAAGGAGCCAAAUUGUAAUACCACACACAACCUGAGGAUAGAUGUGGUGCUGUUUUUUAUUUUAUAGAAAUCAGCUGUUUUUCAUUUCCUGGAUAACUCCUUUUAGACACAAAUUUAAACAACUUCCCCUUUCUUAUUUGUCUGAGUAUUUUUAAACAGAUUUUUAACCCUGCAAACGUAUUGCCCUGUCCUGGUUACCACCUAGCCAUGCUUUAACCCCUUUAAAGGGGUAUUCUGGUGGAAACAAUUUUUUAUAAAUCAACUAGUGCCAGUAAGUUAAAUUGAAAAAAUCUUAAUCUAAGUAUUUAUCAGCUGCUGUAUACUACAGAAGGAGUUCCCCCUGGAGUUCUUUUCUGUCUGACCACAGUGCUCUCUGCUGACACCUCUGUCCAUAUCAGGAACUGUCCAGAGCAGGAAAGGUUUUCUAUGGGGAUUGGCUUGUACUCUGGACAGUUCAUGAUACACACAGAGGUGUCAGCAGAGAGCAGUGUGGUCAGACAGAAAAGAACUCCAGAAAGCAAUACAAAUUCCCCUGUAGUAUACAGCAGCUGCUAAGUACUGGAAGGAUUAAGUAAUUUACAAAUCAGUUUAACUUUCUGGAAAAAGUUGAUUUGAAAAAAAUGUUUUUCCACUGGAGUACCCCUUUAAGGACGCAGCCUGUUUUGGCCUUUUUUCAAAUCUGACCUCUGUCGUUUUAUGCAUUAAUAUCUCUAAGAUGCUUUUACAUAUCUGUCUGAUUCAGAGACUGUUUAUUGUAAUUUGUCACAUAUUCUUCUUUAAGAUAGUGGUAAAUAUUCAUCAAAGCAUCAUUUCUUUGUGAAAACUUGAAAAAUUUCAUGUAUAAAAUUGAAAAAUUAGCAUUUUUCUAAAUUAGAAUUUGUUUGAAAGAAAAAAUGAUUCCAAAUAAAUGGCACGUUGAUCCAUACAUACAAUAUGUCUACUUUAUGUUGACAUCAUAAAGCGGACAUGUUUUUACUUUUUGAAGACACUGGUGUGGUGCUGUGCGGCGUCCGUUGCUGCCAUGGCACCGUGUCUAUGGGGAGGCGCAGUCCCUGGGACUGGUCUGAGUGGCAUUGGAGCUGCUCUGCCAGUGGGUCGUUCCCCCUGUGAGCACUGGUGUUGCGGCGGUGGUGGUUGCCGCCCAGUGCUACGACAUUUUAUGCUAGGGACGUUAGGGACCCACUCUAAAUAGGUGGCCUUGACGUGGGCUUGCACUUUUUGAUCAAAAUGUAUACUAACAACCUGUUAGUUUUUGAAUGAAUGCUGAGAAGCAAGUAGAUCAAAAUACAAAAUGUGGAUGUGCGACCAUGUCUGUCUUCUCUAUUUGAACUCACAUAUGUCUACUUUAUGUUGACAUCAUAAAGCUGACAUGUUUUUACUUUUUGAAGACAGAGGGCUUCAAAAUACAACAGCAAUUUUUCACGAAAAUUUCUAAAUCUGAAUGUUUCAUGGACUAGUUCAGUUUUUAAAGUGGAUUUUUAGGGGCCUUCAUAUUAGAAAUCCACCAUAACUUACCCCAUUAUAAAAACUGCACCCCUCAAAGUAUUAAAAAUGUAAAAGGAGAAAAAGCUACCCAAAAUGUGUUAUCCAUUUUCUCCCAAGUAUAAAAGUACCCCAUAUGUGGAUAUAAAAAGCUGUGCGGGCGCACAGCAAAGCUCAAAAAGUAGGAAUCGCCUUUUGGCUUUUGGAAAGAGUAUUUGGCUGAAAUAGUUUUUGGGGCCAUGUCGCAUUUACAAACCCCCCAUGGUCCCAGAACAGCAGAACCC